CGCAAAACCUAACCGUAGUCUCUUCCAACUCUCCGUCGCAUUCGCCUAUCGCUAUAAUAUUUGAUUCGCGAGUCAACUCACUUUCUCGCUCCAUAAAUUUCUUUACUUUCUCUCUCUUACUCUUUCGGAUAAUCCAACCCAAUGAGGGUUUUAAGGUCUCGGGAAAUCGUUUCAGUUGAAACGACACCCAAAACCAAAACCAAAACCCAAAAGACUAGACAAAAGCACAGUUUGGAGCCUUCUACUCCAGCCCAGAACAAAGAACCUUCUGCGCUUUCUUCCUCUCGCUCCCCGAACACUGACCCACCUUCGAAUUCUCCCGCAGUUUCCAUGGGGUCAGGACCCGAUUCGGCGUCUCUAUCUGGGUCAAUGCGGAGACGUAGCCUCCGACUCGCUUCCAAGACGGCGGAGCCCGAUGAAGUUUUGGGUCAGAAUCCGGCCGAGGGCGGUCCUCGUAGGAGUGGUGACUCAGGUGAGGAUGUCCAGGUUUCGAAAGGAAACGAGGAGGCAGUUGAUGACGGGGUUUUGGGUAUAGCAGUAAAUAAUGAGAGGGAUUUUACGUUGUUUGGUAAGAAGUUUAGGGUUUUUGAGAAUGGAGAUGAAGAUAGAGGACCCGGUGAGAGUUUGGAUGAACAUGGGUUGGGUUCGGGUUCGGGAAAUUCUGGGAAGAGAAAGUUGGGUAUUGAUAUUAAUUCUAUGCCUUCGGAAUGUGCAGAAGACGGUGAAGGAAGAAAAGGUUUCUUGAACUUGCGGUCAGGUAAGAAAGUUGCGAAGAAAGGUGUAGAAGGAGUUGAUAAAGAGAGGGAAGUUAUAGAUUUGGGAGAUUUUGGGGAAGACUCACCCGAAAGAGGAGAAAAACAAAAGGGAGAGUUGGCCAAUCAUGGUGUUUUGUCGAAUUGCGUUGAUUUAGAUGUGUUGGAUUUGGAACGUGAUAUAGGGAGUUUUGAUGUGAACGUUGUUGAGGGUGGUAGUGCCGAGUCUAUCAAUGAAAGGGAAAUGGUCGGAGGAAAUAGGAAGGGCAAGAGAAAGAUGAGUUUUGGAUGUGAAGAGGGUGGUAAUGUCAUUGAAAAUCUGGAGGAAGCCCCUAUUGCCAUUGGCAAUGAUACUCAUCACGGGAGAAGGAGAUUCAGCAGUAAGGAGAAAGGGAAGGGAAAGUUGGUUGAAGAUCCAAUGGUAGCUAAUAUCAAUAGUGAUGAUAAAAUGGGAUUGGAAUUGGGAUUAGGCUUGGGAUUGGAAGUGGAAAUGGAGUCUGAAGUUAAGAUUUCAGUGAACAGUGUGGUCUCAAAUGCUAUUUCGACAGAGGAGAAUGUGGUCUCAGAUGCUAUUUUACCAGUGGACAAUGUGGAGGUCUCAAAUGCUAUUUCAUUCCUGGCCAAUGUAGCAAUAGCUGAAGGGGAGGCUAGGAACUCUAAUACAAGAGUGAUUAAUAAUUCAACUAGGUACAUGGAACGGUUUAGAGAUAUAGCCAAGCAAAAUGCUACUCGGUUUGCUCUUUUUGAUCGUGAAGAGGAAGAAAAUGAUGAAAUCCCUGCUGAAGAUGUUGAUGAAACGGAUUUUGAAGAUUGGCCUGGUCCGUUUUCCACUGCCCUGAAGAUUAUUAAAGAUCGAGAAAGAAGAAAUCUGCCAGCAGGUAGUUCUUUGUCGGUUGGUAGCAAACCUGCUCAGCUGGUAUGGACACCUAAGAAAAGUGAAGAACGUGAGCUUUUGAAGCGUCGGGUUCCUUCCCUUACUGAAUUAUCCUCAAUGUGUCUUGCCAAAAAUGCUGAUUCAAUUGUUUCACUUGAAAUUAUCCCGGACUGGUUGAAGCACCGGAUGAGUAAGUUGCUAUGUGAUUCUCGAAGGAUGGAUGGUCAGUUUUUUAGACUUCUGGUUCAAGGGUCGCCAAUGGAGGUUCGCUUAAGGGAUUGUUCCUGGCUAACAGAGGAAGAGUUCACAAAAUCUUUGGAGAACUUUGAUCCGAGCAAUUUAGUAGUGCUACAACUUGAUCAGUGUGGACGCUGUCUGCCAGAUUAUAUUUUGGUUUCUACCUUAGCUCAGUCAGCAAACAAUUUGCCUGCACUAAUUACUUUAUCACUUCGUGGUGCAUGCCGGCUUUCAGAUGUUGGACUAAAAUCUCUUGUUUCCUCUGCACCGGCACUUCGAUCUCUUAAUAUCAGCCAGUGCUCCCUUCUCACCUCUUCUAGUAUUGACACUUUAGCUAACUCAUUGGGUUCGAUUUUGAGGGAACUGUAUCUCGAUGAUUGCCAGGGCAUUGACGCUAUGCUUAUGCUGCCAGCACUGAAGAAGCUUGAACAAUUAGAGGUUUUAUCUUUAGCAGGCGUUGAAAAUGUUUGUGAUAAGUUUAUCUUGGAAUUUAUUGGCAGUCGGGGUUAUAAUAUGAAAGAGCUCAUUUUAACUGAUUGUGUAAAGGUGACAGAUUCUUCAUUGAAGAUCAUUGCUGAAACAUGCUCUGGGUUACUUUCAAUCGACCUGAGGAACUUGUGCAAACUGACAGAUUCUUCAUUAGUGUAUCUUGCAAAUGGUUGUCGAACAAUUCAAAGAUUGAGACUUUGCCGCAAUUCUUUCAGUGAUAAAAGUAUAGCUGCAUUCCUAGAAUCGUCUGGAGAGUGUCUGGAGGAACUGUCUUUGAAUAACAUCAAGAAGGUUGGCUGCCACACUGCCUUAUCAAUUGGCCGGCGUUUAAGAAAGUUGAAUAGUCUGGAUUUGUCAUGGUGCCGGAAUUUGACAGAUAAUGAAUUGGGUUUCAUUGUGGAUAGCUGCCUAUCACUGAGGGUGCUUAAACUCUUUGGAUGUACUCAGAUUACAGAUGUUUUUCUCGAUGGCCACUCAAAUCCAGAUGUACAGAUCAUUGGCUUGAGAAUGUCUCCAGUGCUUGAUAAUGAUUUGUGGGCAAAUCCAUAUGCUGCUCCACUGCGUUAUUCUAGUGUACCUUCAUUUUAUCUCUAACUGGAUGCUUAGGGGUAUGAUGUCAGUGACUUACUUAGGAAGAUGGAAAUCAACUGAAAAUAGUUUAAUCAGAUAAGCUAGGUAAAUCUUUUUCUUGGUUUUACUUAUACGGAUACCCUGCACAAAUAGAAUACACUGUCGAACGUUAAUCUUUUACAAGAACUCGAAAUAUCUGAUGUUUUUGGUGGAAAUGAAAAGAAUAGCAAAUUUUUGGGUUUUUACCGUUUGCAAUUUUUUACAUUUCUCAAUUCUUCUUGUGUUUUACACCAUAUUAACUUCAAGUUCUUUCUUUAUUGUGUGACGGAUAAAUACUUGCCCAUGUAUAUUUUUGUGGGGUUUCCAGUUCAAUUUAGUUUUCAUAUAAAGUAAAAUGAAUGAUCUAA